AUGUCUAAGAAUCUCACAAUUGGUCAAGCCAUCAUCGCUACUGGAGGCUCUUCCGUCCUUGAAUCCCAUCCAGCGGACGCUGACAUUUCUUCGAGUCCUUUGUUAGUUACAAAUUCUGCAACAUCAACAGGCCUUGUUGAGUUGGCGUCCAGUGCAAAAGAGAAAGAGGACUCUGUUUCAGACUCCACUCAAGUUAGCAAGCUUCAAUUGGCCUGCAUUGGGGCAUCCUGUAGCGUAGCUGCUCUGCGUCAGUUCCUGAUGCGCCUCACUUGUCUGGAGGCCCGAUCCGAUGAAGUGUGUUCGAAAUUGUUGACUCCUUUAUUUAUCUGA